AUGGCUGAUGUAAGAGCUGAAAUACUAGCUGCUAGUCGAUCCCGCACUGGUUGGCUUGAAGGAUCGGUGCAACCUAAUGAGAGCCAGCCAUUUGUCAGCAAAGUAAAAUCAACUUUUGAAGAAAAAACAGUAAAUCAAGACAACAAAAUAGCUUCAAAUGCUUCAAAAUCUGAAGCAGUCCGUAGACUAGGUAGUAAAGUGAGUUCUAUAGCAACUUUAUUCCAAUCUUUUUCUCCUCACAAAAGUGAAGUAUCCAAACCAUGCAAUGUUCCACAUUCAAAUAAAGUUGUCCAAGAAAAAACUACUCAAAAAAUCACUGUUGUUGAACCAGCAUGUAAAGUAGACUCGCAAUCUGAUUUUAAACCUGGCAAUACUGAGAGUCUCCAGAGGCGCUUUAAUAGCGCUCGUGCCAUUUUUGAACAGCUGGGUGAAAAAAGCAAAGAUGGUGGAAAGUUUUCAGAAAAUUCCAAAUCAGAUCCUCACUCUCAAGAUGAUUCUAGUUCUGGAAGGUACUCAUUCCACGAGAGAGACAGCACAUCUUUUCAAUCAAAUAGAAACUCUAGUCAAUCAUCUCCUGAUGAGGAUUUACGUAAUAUUCCUUUUUGUCGAAAGGGUGCUGUUCAUAAAAGUUAUACUCAGUUUAAUCAAGAUGAUAAAAGUUGUAUUGAAAAGCAAAGACCAGAAAGUUUAUCUAGUCCAGAUUACACAGAUCAUUGCCAAAUGAGUGAUUACACCAGCGGUUAUGAGUCCCAAUAUUCACAGAUAUACGAAGAAAUUCCUAGUCGAUCUAAAGAUUGCUCAAGUAGCCUGCAACAUGCAGAAUUACAUGAUAAGUAUGAAAAAAGUAUGAAUGCUCAAGAAGAUAAGAAUGCCAACACUACUAAUUCCUAUCAAGACUGUUUUUCACCUCAUUCAAAUUCUAACUCAAAUGAGCAAAUAUUAGACACUUCUUUCCCAAUAUAUGCAAAAGUAAUUAAGAAGCGCUCAAAGCCUUCAUCUUCUUUCAAUCAUGAUGUUGAACCAAAUCUGGGUAGCAAUAUUUCAAAUACAGAUAGUAAUAAAACCAUUCAAGAACAUAAUUCAGAUUUUCAUACCAGUGAAAAUACAAAUCAAAAAUCAACCCCGUUAAAUGACAGUUGGGAAGACAUUGGGGUCUCUAGAUCAAGUUCUUGGAAGAAAAAGGCUGAGAGUAUGCGAGAGCCAGAUGGCACUGAAAAUCAGAGUUUUUAUGGAGUUACAAGCGAUUUGCGAGAUGCUGCAGGAGAAACAUUAGCUGAAUUUGAAUGUCGUGAACAUGAAUUAUUUUUUGUUGAGGCUGUUCUAAGGUCUCAGCGACAAGGCAGCUUGGAUGAGCCAUUUCCUAAUCACAAGCACAACAGUUCAGUGGAAUCCAAAGUAGAAUUAAUGACAAAAGAAGAAGCUGGUCAUUUUUUGAGUAGCAGGCCACAAGAUGCUAGACAGGACAAACAUGAUAUUGCUAACGUAUUUAAUAAUACUCACAACAUUGUAGAUAGUGAUCAAUCAGAAACAUGGUCUGUUCCUAAUUCUGUGUCUGGAGAAAUAGAUGAUGAUGAUUUAGGAAGUGAAGAUUGCUCACAAACAAUCACAUUCCCUCCUGGUACCAAUGUUAUGUAUGAAGAUAUCAACUAUCAUAUAUUAACUGAUGGUCAUUUCAUCACUGAACUUCCUGGUUUAGAAGAUGAAAGUGAUGAUGAUGACAUUUUUUGCCCUGUACCACCAAAAAAGAAGAGCAAAGUGAAGUUUAAUUAUGAUCCCAUUAAGGUGUACAGUACUUAUUCUGUUGAUGAUUAUGAUAGACAUAAUGAUGAUGUAGAUCCUGUAGCAGCAUCUGCUGAGUAUGAACUAGAAAAGCGUAUUGAAAAAAUGGAUGUUUUCCCUGUGGAGUUAGUAAAAGGUCCAGAAGGUUUGGGACUAAGCAUCAUUGGGAUGGGAGUUGGUGCUGAUGCAGGAUUAGAAAAGCUAGGAAUUUUUGUGAAAUCUAUCACUGUAGCAGGAGCUGCUUAUAAGGAUGGCAGAAUUUCUGUUAAUGAUCAAAUCAUUGAAGUUGAUGAAAAAUCUCUUGUUGGUGUAACUCAAGCCUAUGCUGCUUCUGUUCUCAGAAACACUUCAGGAACUGUGAAGUUUCUGAUAGGACGUGAAAAUAAUGCUGAAAAUAGUGAAAUAGCACAGUUAAUCUCACAGUCAAUUCAAGCUGAUAAAGAGCAACUGAAAAUGUGUAGUUACCAGAGAGAAGAAGAUCAAAGUGGUGACAGUUCACAUCUUUCUCAAGGGUCUACACCAGAAGAGGGGGAAGAUGCUCCCACUGUUGAAGUGUUUGAUUUGACUAGUGGUAGUAGCGGCUCUCUUUCUCCUGACACUGAUGUUGAAACACUUAGAACAAAAUUAAAAGAGGUGCAAUAUCGCAGUGCUCUAGCUGAAGCAGACUUACAACAAGCCAAAGAGAAGUUACAAAGCAUUGAAAAAAUGGAAUCUGAGCGUCAGAAAAUGCUGAAAAAAAUAGAUAGCUUGCAACAUCAAGUAAAUGAAAAGGAGUUAGGGAUGCAAGCUGCAAAACAACAAAUUGAAGAAUACAAAUUUAAAGUUGGUAGAGCUCAGCAGCAACUUCAUGAUUUGGAGCGUAAAUAUAGCAAGGCAAAGAAAAUAAUUAAAGAAUUUCAAAAAAGAGAGAAAGACUACAUCCAGCAAGAGGAUUUUCGUUUGCAACAGAUUCAGGAGAAAGAUCAAGAAUACAAUGCAUUAGUAAAAAUUCUCAAAGACCGAGUUAUAUUGUUAGAGCAUACUUUGUCUGAAGUUCAAAAAGCAGCUGGUCUGCCUGUUGAGCUACCAUAUGAUGUUCAUCAAUUGACUCCAAUCUUAAGGAAGAAAAAUGGUGUACAGUCAGAAUCAAAACUUACUUUCAAGCAAAUUGAAGUAGAUAUGUCUGAUGGGUCAGAUUCAGAACUGGGAAAAAGAGCUCAUAGUCCAGAUGCUGCAAGUGAAGACAGUGAAAAAAGAUCAACAGUUGAAAGGAAGAUUGUUCCAAAAGAAGAGCAUUUAAAUCAGUCAAAUAAUCUUCCUGAUUUGCUUGAAGCUAGUUCUGCCAGAUCGUAUAGUGAAAGUGAUGUUAAAAGUGAUGCUGGGGAUUAUAAAGAACUUGAAAAAGGUGCCAGUUCUGUACAUGAUACACCAGUUUCUAAUGGGUCCUAUUCUAAAAGUAAAAUGGAAAAUGGGCUAAGUGCUCCUCCGAGAUCAAUAUCAUUUGCUGAAGAAAUAAAAGUUGCUGUAUUAGAAUGGAAUUCUAAAGUUACAGGCUGUAGUGAUUCAAACCUAUGUAGAAGUCCUCAGAGUAUGGACAGCCUUGACCAAUUAUCAAAUGGUAAUUCUGUUGAAAAAUUUAUUGAAGAACACCAAGUGGUACCUCCAAGCUAUCAGCAUGCCACAGGAGAAAAUUUUGGUUAUCCAACAUGUCAUGCUAUUUCUCCAAUCAUUUUUAAUGAAAAUGAUGCUCCUUCUUACCUACCUAGCACACCACCUAUCGAAAUUCCUCCAAAAAAGAGAAAUAUGCAAGGAGAUAACCUUCGUCUUUCUACAAGCUUAGAUAAUUCUAGAGAAGAUUUAAUUAAAGAAACCAUGCCAAAUUUUCUUCCAAGUUCCAAGUUGCAGAAACCAUCAUCAUUACCUCCAAGAGUACCUGAAAGAAGUAGCAGUCGAGACCGCCGUCCAAAUAACUGGCAAGGACGUCCUGUUCACUUGUGGUCCUCUACACAAGUUGGCCAAUGGUUAAUGGUUCUCGGCAUGGAGCAAUAUAUUAAAAGUUUUCAAGCCCAUGAGAUUACUGGCAUUCAUUUGCUCAAUCUUGAUACUGCUAAGCUUAAGACUCUUGGUGUGAAUUGUAGUAAUGACCGUUCAAUAAUAAAGAAAAAAUUGAAAGAGAUGAAGACCCUUUUGGAAAAGGAAAGGAAAGCCCACGAGAAAGAACAAAAAGCCCUUGAAAAACUCCAAAAGAAAGCAGAAAAAGCAAGAAAGAAAUGA